AUGAUUGCCAAUAUGGAGGCCUCCCACGAGGCCGUCCUCCCCGAAGUCAUCCCGCUGCCCGACUUCUCCAAGGCCCGCCAGCCUGCCAACCCGCGCGAGUGGGCAAGCAAGGAGCUCAUGGCCGCCGUGUCGAGAGCCCUCGACGAGCUCAGGGGCUUCGACGCCCACGCCGCUCACACAAAGGGCCUCUACCAGCACGCGCUCAAGCGAGAGAUUGAAAAGGUGGCCCAGUAG